AUAUUUCAUGACAUGCGCAAAUAACUCGUGUUUUCGGCGUGUGUGUUGCUUUGCUUGUGACUGCAGACACACCGUUGGGCAACUUUACUUCAUAAGUGUCUGUGAACAAAGGGCAACCAAGAUGAAUUCGUCCAGUAAUGCAUCACAUGUUUCACCCCCUGCAGUGGUGUGGGCACAAAGGAAAGAUAAAAUUUUGUUGACGAUUCAGCUAGAAAACUGUUCAAAUCCCACCAUUGACAUCAAAGACUCAAGCCUGUAUUUCAAGGGUAAAGGGGGAACCGGCAAUGUUGACCAUGAAGUCUUGAUGGAGUUCAACAAAGAGAUUGAUCCACAGGCAUGCAAACACCAAGCUACAGGAAGAGAGAUUAUAUUUGUUCUGAUGAAAAAGGAGGAGUCUCAUGGAUUCUGGCCACGGUUAUUGAAAGAUUCUAAAAAGGUCCACUACUUGAAGACAGACUUCGACAAAUGGAGGGAUGAAGAUGAUUCUGAUGUGGAGGAACAAGAAGAUUUCAACCUUGAUGAAAUGAUGCAGUCAAUGGGCGGCUUGCCUGGUGGUGCUCCUCCAGGCUUAGGGCAGGAAGAAGAGGACAGUGAUGAUGAAGAAUUACCUGAUCUACAGCAGUGAUGUCACUUCCUAGGCGAGAACGUUUCAGUGAUGACCUUUGACAGAUGGGAGUGAUGAUGCACAACUGAUCCUUGGAGAGUGCCGGAAGGAAUUUGUGAGAGAUGAGAGAGUGUGUGGUGUGUGAGUGAGUGGCUGGGAUGAGAUGUGGUUUGCUCAUGAGAACAAAUGGGAGACUUGUGCGUGUUUUCAGUGGUCAGUGUUCCUUCACUGGGAGUAACUUAAGAAUUUAUUUUUCUCGUUUUUUUAUACAAGUUAAUUAUUUGCAAUGGUUUGCUGUUAUGAUGUGUGUAUUUUCUGAUAUACACUACUUGCUUGAGUAGAUCAAGUCAGUGAUUUUGACAGAAAUCAUUUCAUUUUCAUUUUUAGUAAUUUUAGUUCUUCAAUGUGCUGUGUUAAAGCACAGGUCUGCCUCCCGAUGUAUUUUAAUGUUUCAUACCAGUUUUCCAUCCUCUGUUUAUUAAAAAAAGAUUAAUAAAAAAAAAAUGUAAGCACGCCUGCUAGCCGUUCAGUAUUUGCUUUCUGUCCCAGUUAUUUUGAAAGUGUUUGUGUGUGAUGCAUGAGUGUUCAAGUUCAAACUUUUAUGGUGCCACUGCAAAAUAAAGGAUUUUAUGUACCACA